UUUUUCAAGCACACAACGACGUCGUUUUCCUAAGAAUCUAGACUGUACUACCGAGGAAGAUAGUGUUUGAUCCUUAUCUACCGCUGUUUAAGUUUCUGGAUUUCUCCAGAAGCCGUGUCAAUUCCAUAGUUGUUUCCAGAAUCGUCGAAUCAUUCCUUUAAAUCAUGCAAACCCAGUACCCCUUCUUCUCAUCAAUCCAAGAAAAACCCAAAUUUCUUUCUCAAUUUCCCACAUAAAGAUCCAUUUUUUCAAAACCUUUGAUAAAGAAAAACAGCAACUUUGGUAAAGAAAAUGUCUCAAGCUUUGUCAAACUUAAGCCUCUUUCUUCCUUUGUCAUCAUCAAGGAGAAUCACUUACUCACCCAGGCCUCAGUCUUUUCCGGUCGUCAAGGCCAGGGCAGGGGAGCCCAGAGACAAUCUUGACCACUUACAGAGAGCCACCAAGCCACACCCUCCUCAAGCCCCACCAAAGAAAAGAGUGGCCCCAGCAGCUCCAGUAGGAUUGUGGGAUAGGUUUCCGACGGCGAGGACGGUACAGCAGAUGAUAGAGACGAUGGAUAGAAUGAUGGAGGACCCAUUGGAGUACUCGAGCGGGUGGUCAUCGCCGUUGCCGAACGAGGCGACUCCGUACAAGCGAGGGAGAACUCCAUGGGAGAUCAAAGAAGGUGAAACAGAGUACAAAAUGAGGUUCGACAUGCCUGGGAUGACGAAGGAGGACGUGCAGGUUUGGGUGGAAGAAAAAAUGUUGGUCGUGAAGGCUGAGAAAGAGCCCAAGAAGAAGAAGGAGAAUGGGGUCAUUAAUGGGGAAGGAGAUGAAGAGGAGUGGUCUGCUAAAAGCUAUGGCAAGUAUAGCUGUAGAAUCGCUUUGCCUGAGAAUAUCCAGUUCGAGAAGAUUAGAGCUGAGGUUAAAGAUGGGGUGUUAUAUAUUACUAUCCCCAAAGCUACUGUUAGCUCCAAAAUUUUCGAUAUCAAUGUACAAUGAUCAUUUUUUUGUUAUGGGAUGAUAUGAAAUUGCUUUUUUUUU